AUGGAUAUAGAUAGAGAUAUAAUGGAAGAUACAAAUAGAGAUAUAUGUUAUUUUAUAUAUGGUGGUAGUUAUCUACCUAAUAGAAUCAUCUAUCAAAUAGUUGAAGAGUUGGUGAAUGAUAUCGAUUUGAUAUGUCUGUUGUUCACUUGUAAACAGUUUUAUUAUAACUUUAGACAACAAUACAAGUGUCGAUUCAAAGGUGUAUCAUUAAUAGAUCAGUCAACACACGCACUCAACAAAAUACGUGACAACACUAUACACGCAACCAAAUCAUUCCACCUUCGAUCAUUCACCGAUAUAUUUCACAGAUCAAUAUCUAAUCAACUUGUCAAAAGCAACAUACCAUUAUUUAAUUAUAAUAAUAAUAAUAGUCAUAGUGAUAAUAGUGAGGAUUCAAUUGAAGAGGCUGUAAUUUUGGUUGACCAAAUUUACCAUAAACAACAAAAAAAUAAUAAUAGUGAUGAUUCGAUUGAAACCCCGAUCAUUAUGGGAGGAGCUGGCGAUGACUAUAAUGAACAACCUUUGAUGCAAGAUCUACCAGAUACCAUCAAAUGGCUAGCCGUCAAUAGUUCUAGUAGACCUCUCACAUUGGCCACUGGAUGGAAGUUUCCAAGUCAGCUGGAGAAACUAGAAUAUACUUCAACUAUCAAUAGAAAGAUUGAAAUGGGUGUACUACCAGAGACAUUGACUGAAUUGUCUUUGAGAACACCUUCAGAGACUAGUCUUGAAGAAGGUGUGAUUCCAAAGUCAGUCACAUCACUCACACUCAAGAAAAUUGAAAAAUCUUUGGAAGUUGUUGGUGAUGAUGUGCCUGUCAUCUACUACCACUUUCCUAGUCAUCUCUUGCAUCUCCACAUUCAUUUCAAAAUCGAAUCUCCAAUGCUGAUGUUUCCACCGACUCUGCUAUCUCUCUCAUUGCAUAUGCCUCCAGCGACCACCGACUUUAGAUUCCCAUCCAAUCUUGUCAGUUUAACACUUGGGGUUGGUCGAGAUGGUGUCAGCCGUUCGUUAAACCUCUCUCUUCUCACUGCUCUUCAAACACUCGUGAUAAGGUCAUCUGUCCCUAUUCCAAGUGACUAUCUUCGUCUCCCACCAAACCUAACCAGUCUCGUUCUCUAUGCCAGUACGACGAUCGACUCAUUGACAUUCUUUCCGACGAGUCUGGUCAGUCUCGAAACAUUUUAUAUUACUAUAAAAGGUGCCGUCGAAAAAGGAGAACAGCUACACGACACACUCACCCAUUUAAGUUUACAAUUCAAAGAGGCCAUCCCCGUUGGAUUCAUUGGCCCGUCUAUUAAAACUCUCAAACUCGGUUUUAUCACAAAAGAACUGCUCGACGUUGCUCUGCUGGAUGGUACUAUUCCAGAGGGUGUACAAACACUCUCUAUCACCAGCUACCGAAAUUUUGGUAUCCCUCCAACUAUUCUACAAUCGAUCAAUCGUUUUACAUGGAAUCGUUUGAAUACCAAAACAGAAAAUCUAGCAUUUCCAUCGACCGUUGGUGCACUAGAAUAUUUUUCUGGGCUCCCGGCCAACUACCAGAUUCCAUCAUCACUCACCUCACUAUCGACGGUUGCCACACGUCAAGCCAACCUAUUACAAAAAGAAUAUGGUCUGUCAACUCUCUACAUCUAUCAAGAUGAAAACAACAGAAAGUGGUUGCUUCCUGAAACUGUUACAUUUCUAUCUUUGGAUAUCCCCUCACAUUUUGAUGGAAUGGAUGAAACAUAUUAUUUGUAUGUUAGGUUGGAUCCAAUUAUCUAUCAAACAAAUGUAACUGAAUUGGUAUUACGAACAAUUAGUAGAGAUAUUAUUCAUUGUAAUAUUCAAAGAUUGGAAGAUUAUAGCAACAACAACAACAACAACAACAAUAAUAGUGAUACCUAUGAUGUAUUGAUAACAGACCAACACUCAUUACUUGGGGGUAUCGUCAGACUUUCUAAACAACAACCACAAACACAACAACUAUAUUUAAAUAUAAAUUGGAAGAAAAUUGGUGACCCAUUUAAAAUCAGUGUGACUACUAUCCCAGGAACAACAAACAUACAAUGA